AUGUCUCUCAUUACUACAGUGCAGUACAGUACUGGUGGAAUUCCUGUAUCAGAAUGGAGCGAAACUGACAGUGUCGGAUGAGAAAGGAAGAGGUUGUCUGCACUACGCUGCACUCAGUGACGACGCAAGGUAUGCAGUGUUCACAGUCAUGCAUGCAUGCAUGCCGUCAUUUCAGUGGCAAACAUGUUUUCUCUGCUUCACAAGGGGCUCAGCAUUCUUCCUGUUUUUCAUGCCUUUGCUACUGUUUUGCUACUUCAGUGCUUUUGGUUGCUUAUCACUGACUCGUGAUGGCCAGUGUGAAGUUAUUGAUAGCAAUUUAGAUGGAAUGUUUAUUUCACUGUAUAUACCUUCCAUUCUAUGUUGAAUAAUUCAUCCUUACAAAUGUGUACACACACCACACGCACACACACACACAGUGUGGUGAUCCUACUGCUAAAGAGGGGAGCCAGAGCUGAUGGUUUGGACACUGAUGGAAGGGAUCCAGUUCAGAUUGCAGUGGACCAAGAGAAUGGAGACAUUGUCACACUACUGAGGAUGUCUCGACUGAAGCAAGAAGAAAGGGGAUAUGUGGAGGAGCAGGUGGCAGAGGUGUACAAGGAUUUCGAGGUGGCAGUUCAGGUGGAUCCUGAGAGAAUGAAGAGAAGAUCUCAGGCCAGCUCUGACACCAGCUCCAUUGCCAGCAGAGAACUCAAAUAGCACUCUACUACCUUUUAUUAUUUUUGUACAAUAUUAUACUGUGUUUUGUAUUUCACUCUCCUAUACAUUGCUUAUUAUUAGAAGACAUGCCUGCUCCAUGAAACACGUGUGCAGCUAUAAUUAUAAUUACAAAAAUAUAAGAAAUAAGUGGUGGAACAGUAUUACACAGUUGGACAAAGGUGUAUAGAAUCUGUGCAGAUCAAUGAAGACAAAGCCGGGGUGGUA